AUGUGGGAGAAGGAAAGUACACAUGAAGUACAGGCUGUAAUGAACUGUUCAUUUAGUGCAGUGAAGAAAAAGCAAAUUAGUGGCCAUCGGGGUGAAAAGGUAAGAAUUCUAAAUAUCGAUAAAAAAGGAUAUGCCAAAGUUGAGAAGGAAGAUGGAAAGAAAGGUUAUAUUCCGAGUUAUUUUCUUGAUCUAAAUACAAUACCAGGUGAUAAUUUUGCCCAACAAAUAAGAUAUCGUCGGAAAUGGUAUCAUGUAGUGGAUUCUGAUCAUUCAGUAAUUUUCAAGGAUAAUCCAUCUAAUUUAUUAAAUAAUAUUUCAUAUCUAACUAAUUUGAUAUCAUUUCUACCUGUGGAAAAGCAAUCAUUUUCGUCAAAUUUGCAUAAAAGACCAAUUUGUAUCGAACCUUUACAAGAUAUGACAAUUAAAUUGGGUGAAAAGAUAAUUUUGAUGUGUAAAUUUUUAUCAGAAGAAUCAUAUACGAUUACUUGGCGUGGUCCAAUAAUUACAGCUAAACGUCAAUAUAAAGUAACCACAAACGAUGAGGGUUAUUCAAUAUUAACAUUGAAAAAAUGUAUAGAAGAAGAUAGUGGGCAGUAUUGGGUUCAAGCUGAAAAUAUCUUUGGUAAAUGUCAUACUGUCGCUUGGAUUACGAUAAUUGUACCACCCGGUAUUACUCACAUCACAGCAUGUAAAGCAAUUAAUCGAAAUAGUGUUUUGCUGCAGUGGAAAAAUCCACGAAAGGGUAAUGCGAAAAACAUCUACUAUGUUGUGGAAUACAAACGAAUAGGUAAAAUUUUAAACUCUGAUUAUGUUAUGAGUUAUUCUUAA